CACAGAUUUCUUUAAGGACUAAUUCAUCUUAUCAAUGGGAAACAUCAGCUUUGUAAAGGAUUUUGUCAUAGUCGGCUUUCCUGGACUUCAACCCCAUUACUAUGGCCUUGUAUCAGCACUUCUCAUUUUUGUUUAUGUGUGUACACUGGUGGGAAAUGCUGUAUUUUUUGCAUUGUUUGUAAUGACUAAGAGCCUUCAGAAGCCUGUAUAUUAUUUCAUUAUAAAUCUUGUUGUGUGUGAUGUACUAUUCAGCACCACAACAUUACCAAAGAUAAUUAGCAGGUAUUGGUUCCAAGAUGGAACCAUUUCAUUCUUGGGUUGCUUUGUUCAGAUGUUCUUUGUGCAUUAUUUAGGCAGCGUUUGUUCACUUGUUCUGGCAGUAAUUGCUAUAGAUCGCUAUGUAGCAAUAUGUUACCCACUUCAAUAUCAUAGUAUCAUGACAAACAGAAAUGUAGUCAUUCUGUUCUUUGGCUCUUGGAUUUUAGGCUUGUUAGGCCCGUUGGCAAUGGUAAUUCGAACUUACCCUCUCCCUUAUUGUACAGAAAACACAAUUAUUCACUGUUACUGUGAUCAUUUUUCCAUCACAACAUUGGCAUGCACAGACAGAACACUAUAUAGUGUUCCAGCUCUCAUCUAUGCCUUUGCAAUACUGUUGGGACCCUUUGCUCUUAUUAUUUUCUCAUACUGCUCCAUAUUUGCAGCAGUUAUGCGAAUUUCAGGUACUCAAGGAAGGAUGAAGACUUUCUCCACCUGCAGUCCUCAGCUCAUCAUAAUUGUUCUCUUUUUCCUACCCAGGUUAUUUAAUUAUUUAUCUGGCAACAUUGGUAUAAAAUUCAGCACUGAUUUGCGAUUAGUUAUUAUUAUGAUGUAUAGUCUGCUACCACCCAUGAUCAACCCGCUUAUUUAUUGUUUGAGAACAGAAGAGGUAAAAAAGGUAUUUAGAAGACAUUUUCAAAAGAAACAAAUUAGUAUUCCUUUACGGUUGCUCUGAUGUGCUUUAUUUAAAUAGGUGGUCAAACUGUUGCCAUUGUCUUAAGGUACACAACUUUAGAUAAUAUCCCCUUUUUUCAAAACAUACAAAAAAAAUCCAGUAGGUGUUGAACUGGACUGAAUGCCAAGAACAGUGAUGUAAGCCUUUUGAAGGUCUCCUGAACUUGAAAAAUUGAUAUUUAACUUUCAGAAAAGAAGACAUUUUUGGUCCCUUUGGUUCUAACAUUGUUUACAAAGGUUAUAAUAUAUUGUGGACAAUAUGGUAGUUUUGUAAUGAUAAUUUAUGAAAUAGGUUGGCCUAAUGUUUGCAUUUUUGUUUGUUAGAAUUUUUCACUAUGCCUCUAAAAAUACAUGAAUUAAUCAUAUACAUAAUGUAAAUUCAUAGAAAUGUAAAGAGUAUAAAAGGAAAGAUAAAUGUGAAUGAUAUGCCAUAUUGUUAUGAUUCAAGAUGAGGUCAAGAUUUCCUUGAAUACCCCGUUUUUAUUGCAUGUGAUGUUCAGUAUGUUUGUCAUGAGAUGGAACAUAAAACUCUCCUAUAAGUUAUUUUAUCUUUAUUCCUGUUUAUGUUGCAGAGAAAAUUGACUUAUUUUGUUGAACCUAUUCUGCCCUACAAAGGCAAAGUGCAGUAACUACGCAAACACUGAAACUGAGAAAAAUGCCUUUAAAGUUUUUACACCAGCCAGUCAAACACGUUGUAGGUAGAUUAGUGGUAAUGCAUUCAUGUAAUGCCUUCUUAGGAAGAAAUUUUUUAUAGAUAAAAACCAUGACCACUGAUGUGACCUUUGACCUCCAAAAUGUAGAUACUGCACUCUGCCUUUGGAUGACCUUAAACAACUAAAACACCAUUGCAAAAGCAAAGUGCAGCAUCUACAAACUAAAUGUGUUCAUCCAACUUUAUUGUUGUGUUUCUUACUACACGUUGAUUGUUUUUAAUAACUUUAAUAUUUUAUUUUUUGAUGUUUGCAUGUUGUGAAUGUUAAAAUUGCUCUGAGGACUGGAGUAAUGAUGCUGAAAAUUCAGCUUUAAUCAGAGGAAUAAAUAACAUUUUACAAUAAAUCCACAUAGAAAACAGCUAUUUGACUAUUUUUGAUCAAAUAAAUUCUGCCUUCCUCUUUCAAAGACAUUAAAGAAGUAUUAUUUCAAACUUGAUCACCAGUGUGUAAAAUAAUGCAUGUGAACUAAUUAGAAAAUGAUAUAUUUUAGACACUUUCCUAACACGGGACAUAGGCUACUUAAAUAUGUUUAGUUAUGCCAUGUUUAGUAUAAGUUUGUGAAUGAUAUUUCGAGUUUUAUGAAUAAUUUUCACAUGGUUGUGAAAUUACUGAAGAAAUCCUAAUAACAGAUACACAAACAUUCACUCUUAUCUGGCAUGCUGAAACAACGUUAAUGUUUCUGUGUCCAUUGUGUGACGAAUAACGUCAUUAAAAUAUGAAAAAUAUGAAAAGGUCAGAAGUGCAUGCUUGUAAAUGAAUGUCCGUCGUUUAUUUAUUUAUUUUUUAAUCAAACAGUAAAAGUGCCACGCUGCUCAGUUUCUGUGGACAGUAGACAGACAGACAGACAGACAACGCUAGAGAAACUGAGCACACUAAGUUUUUUUGGCUGAAGUGGGUCGGCCGCGCCCGCGCGAACAAUUCGUCUGGGUUGACGGAGGAUACAGACUACGUAAAUUUACUGUAAUUCAUUCUUCACAUAUAUUUACAUCGCAACGGGCCGGCCCACAUUGUCCAGCGGCCAACCGGGAAAACUCUCGGUACUCCCGAUGGCCAGUCCGCCCCUGAUUACGUUGAAUGUAUAAUAGCCAUCAAUGGAGCAGCGCAGGUAGGCUAAAAUAUCGGUCUAAUUUGCUAGCAGCUAGCAAGUUAAUGUUAAUUGAUUAUAAAGCUGUCAUUUGCUUGGCUAGGAGUUAAUAUUUUGCUAUCUUCCUUUCUCGUCUUUGGAUAUUUGCGUUUUAACGCGAGUUUAACCAUCAUGCCGCAGCUGUCAAAGCCGGGAAAACAAAGCUAGAACGCAGUAACAUCACUUACUGCGGUUUGCCUUGGUAUUAGCUUCAAUUUUGUAGUUACUGCAAUUUUGACACCCUCGUUUCUCAGAAACGGGACAAUUUUGAACCGGGAUACUUUGUCACAAGACAGAACAGAUGUUACAAA